AUGUCUGACAACGAGAACGGCGACGAGCUCGUAACGAAGCCCUUCAAGUUCGUGACUGCUCCUACAGCUCCCCCAAACCACGUGAAAUACAAUUAUCCCAAGCUCGGAAUAUGCGACAAAGGUGCUGACGAGCCUCGGCGCUCUCUAGGCUUCGAUGCCCGCUUCCCGAACCAGAACCAGACCAAGCACUGCUGGCAGAAUUAUGUCGACUACCACAAGUGCACUAUCGCCAAGGGCGAGGACUUUGCCCCCUGCCGCCAGUUCCUGUUGGCUUAUAAAUCCCUCUGCCCAAGUGGCUGGACAUCGCGAUGGGACGACCAGCGUGAGGCGGGCAACUUCCCUGUCAAGCUUGAUCAGUAA